UUUAAUUUCUUUCUUCUUGUUAAAAUUAAUUUAAUAUUGAUUUUCUUGACUUGUUGAAUCGCAAAAAAAGUAAUUAAAAUGGGCCUCUUUCGUGUUCCAACACCGGCUUCAACUAACGUUCCAAAUUGCACCGUAAUAGCGCCGGAUGGCACAUUCCUCUACAUUAGCUAUUCGCAAAUCGUUUGUAUGAAGGCUCGAGACAAUGGCGAAAUGGAAACAGUUGCUUUGGAAGCCGGCUCGAAGGUCGUUGGACUUGACUGUGAUCCAGAUUUUGCAAGAACGCGAUACGUCGCCGUCAGUUACGAUGACAAACUUGUUUACAUUUGGGAUUUGGAUAAGAAAGCUGCAGUUUUUGGACAUUCAGCACAUGUGGAUAAGGCACAACCUCAAAAGGAUAGAGAUAUCUUCGAUCCGAUUCCAGUUUGUUUCACUUUGGACAAAAAAGUCGUCUCUGCCAGCAAAAAUCGUAUUGUCACCUAUUGUGUGGCUUCCAAUACUUACAAGACCCACACAGAACUCACCCGAAAAAAUCACUUUACCGUACUGAAGGCAUCACCAUACAACGCAAAUCUCAUCUCAGCUGGCACAAAACAUGGAUUAAUCGUUAUUUUAUCACUCAAAACGAUGUCCAUCAUUCACACAAUGCGCGGGCACGAAACCGAAAUUCGUUCUCUGGACUGGAUCAAAGUUCCGCAAGUACCUGUUGAGGAGGAAGACUUGUUCGAUGUUUACCAGCAAAACGACAUCAACGAAUUUGGCGUCCAAAAAGCCUCCAAUCGAACGUUCGACAUGGACGAAAUCGUGACGGAAAGCAAACCAAUGGAAAACAUGACCGAGGAAAAGUUUGACUUUGCCGAAGCGUGUCAAGCACUAAAGCAGGACAUCAUGUCGAAGAAAGAACAGAAGCCACAGACCGAAGUGAACUACAAUGACGUCAAGGAUCACGCAAAAAAGGCAGAUACUGAUUCAUUUUCGGAAAUCAGCGAUGCUCCAAGUCGCGAAAAUGACUUCAAAAGUGUCGAAGAUGAGCCGUCGUUGGUCGUGAAUAACACAAAAUCCGAUGACAAGUCGGAAGAAGAUUUAAUUUUACUUGUUUCGAGUUCGUUGGAGCCUCGAGUGUGGAUUUGGGACACACAAAAGGGAUGUGCACUGGACAAAAUUCAAUUGCCAGGCGGAAAUUACCGGGACAGCACCAAAAUUCGAUCGUUCACGGCAAAAUGGUUGAAUCCCUUCAAUAUUAUUACCAACGAUCAGAACGGCAACAUUUGUUUGUGGGAAAUUGAAUGUCGUGCGGACGAGGGAAAAGUCGACAUUCACAAAGCAAAAAUGGAAUUUUAUUCGAGAGCUGUUGUAAAUAUCGCUGCUGAUACUGCCAAACAAACUUUUUGGGCUGUUUCAAUUUUUUACAACAUUUAUCAAUAUACCGUGGACUCGCGGCAUCCAACGCACGAGUUUAGUUGUCUCAACUCAAAUACGUACAAGUUUGCGAUUAAUCCCGUGGAUCCGAAUGUCGUUGCUUUCGCUGGCUAUAAGAAAAUUUCGUUAUUAAACGUAUCGAAGAUGAAUUACAAGUACUUUUCGUUCAGUUACAUGAACAACAAAUUAUUUAGUCAGGUGUUGACUCUCGCGUGGCAUCCGGAAAAGGAAAAUUCGUUAGCAUUUGGGACACGCGAAGGACAAGUUGGACUUUUUGACUCGAACAAGUUGAGUCAAUCGCCGAUAACGAUGAAGCCAUUCUUCAGUAAAGAUGUUUAUUCGGUUACUUGGGGGAAAUUUAGACAGCAAGACGGCGCGGAUUUGGCAUGGACCUUGUUUGCUUGUGGAUUUCGAGGAAAUUCAGCGUAUUUGGCGUACUUCCCUCAACAAGGAAACAAUAAAUUUGCUGCAACUGAAGUCAAAAACUAUCAAAACGUCACUGCAGUUCAAGCUUCGGGACCUUAUCUGGCCGUUGGCUCCUUUGACGGAACAAUUCACCUCGCAGAACUAUCAGAUUCAACUUUAACUCCCUUCUACACCUUCAAAUGUGGCACGAAGCUCAUCAGUGAAUUCGCAUUUUCAAAUGAAAAAUUGGCAGUUGCGAGUUUUGAUCAACAAGUCACCAUUCUAACACUCACUUCGAAGGAACAUAUUGGAAUUCAACGCUUGGAGGGACAAACUGGAGGUGUUACGUGUGUCAAUUGGAACGUUACUGACCCAAAUACCUUGAUCUCAACAGCUGUUGAUGGAACUUUACGUGUCUGGAAUGUAAAAGAAGGAAAAUGUGAAGCAAUUGCCAAAUUUGAACGCGAAGUUUAUGCAGCAAAUUUCAUUUCAAAGGAUAAAGACACGAUUAUUGUUGGCGGGCAUGACUUUAUGGUGACAGUUUUUGAUUACAAAAAGGAAAAAAUUGACUUUUCGCGUAAACCAAUCAAAAAUGGACAGAGAUUACCGGGAGUUACAAUGGCAACCGCUAAUGAAAUUGAUCAUGGAUCUAAAUUGAAGAAGGAAAAACGACGAAAUUUGGAAAUUCAGAAACAAUUGGAGAAAUCUGUGGAAACAACGGAGGUCAAAGAGAAUGGAAAUGUCACAAAAGAUCUGAUUGAAAGUAUGGAAGAUCUGAAAAUGGAUGACGAAACUGCUGACAAAGCUCCCAAAGAAGCAAAAAAGCCAAAGGAAAAAACGAUCAAUCUAAAUUACUCCAGUAUUUUCUUCCUCACGCCACGUGAAUUGAACCGUGAUCCAAUUUUGCUCCUCAAACGACUUGUCACAGCUAAAGAUGAUCCCGAAACGCGUCAUCAAAAGCUAUUUUCAUCGGACCCAGCAACUGUUCGGCGUCUCCUCAACGAAGAACAUUCCCAUCAAAUCGCCUCAAACGCUCAAAGUGUCGGUCACUUGUCACUUCCCAUCCUCACAAUGGACAUCAAAGCUGUGAUUCUCGAAAAGAUCUCAUCAAAAACGCUCACGGAAGAAUAUAUCGCCGUCGCGCCGUACAUUUCACACACAUUUUGGCGCAACACGUGUCUCGCGUACGCCCAUCAAUGCGUCGAACAAGGAUUAGUCCUCAAGGCAAUUUCCUACUUUCUCUGUUGCUACGAAGAAAACGAAGCAAUUGCCGUUUUGUGUCAAUCAAAUCACUUUACUGAAGCCAUGGCUAUUGCAAAGAUGCGAAAAUCUGCAGAAGAUCCAAUUUUUAAAGAAAUUACACGAAAAUGGACUUCAUAUCUCGAAUAUUGUGGCAAUUUCGAAGCAGCAAGUAUUGUAUGGAUGACACAUGGAAACAAAAAGGAAGCUCUAAAAGUGCUUGAACGACGCACCAAUCCAUCCGAGGAACUGCUCGAUGUAAUUAAUAAGCUGAAAAAUGAAGGUAUCGAUGACGGUUUGAAUCAAACAGAUGAUUAACAAAAGGAACUAGUCCAUUAAAAUAAUUUAUUUGUUUCAUAAAGUUGGUUAAGUAAGCUCUAAUGUACGGAUUUAAAGUAAUUUACUAUGAGAUUCAGAGCAAAAAUAAUUUUUUGUACAAAUUUUACAAAAUUUCAAUUGUUAAAAUACAAAGACA